CUCACCUAGUCCGGUGGCGGGAAAGGCUGCGGUCCGAGGCCUGCGAACUGCUGGCUCCGUGGGGAUCCUGAGGCCCGGCGGGGAGCCGGCCUCAUCAUUUCUGUGUCCUGCCUCCACCUACUGUGUAUCUCUCGUGGCUGGUCCACUGGUGUAUGGACUUGUACAUGAUGAAUUGUGAACUUCUAGCCACAUGCAGUGCCCUUGGGUACCUAGAGGGAGACACUUACCACAAAGAACCAGAUUGCUUAGAGAGUGUGAAGGAUUUGAUCCGCUACUUGAGGCAUGAGGACGACACUCGCGAUGUGCGGCAACAGUUGGGGGCAGCCCAGAUCCUGCAGAGUGACCUUCUACCCAUCCUUACCCAGCACCACCAGGACAAGCCUCUCUUUGAUGCUGUUAUCAGGCUGAUGGUGAACUUGACACAACCAGCCUUGCUUUGUUUUGGCAGUGUUCCCAAAGAGCCUAGCUUUCGUCACCAUUUUCUGCAGGUGCUAGCUUACUUGCAGGCCUACAAAGAGGCCUUUGCCAGUGAGAAGGCUUUUGGAGUCCUCAGUGAAACUUUGUAUGAGCUGCUACAGCUGCCUGGGUAGAUGCUGCCUGUCUUCCUCUAACUGUCCUUCUGACUAGGGCUGGGAGGAACGGCAGGAGGAAGACAACUUGCUUAUUGAACGGAUCCUGCUACUGGUCAGAAAUAUUCUCCAUGUUCCA